CUGAAGAUGAAAUGCGGAGCACUUAAGCUAUGUUGGCAUUUUUUUUUUUUCCAUGGAAUCAUCAGAUUUUUGGGCAGCUUGGAAAACGUAUUAGACUCGGCCGUGGUCUCGGUCGGAGAGCUGUUCAAGAGCCUGUUUCAAGAAACGUGGCGCUUGGUGUUCAGGACGCUGGUAUUUUUGGCCACCGUCUUCAUAAGUUUGCUUUACAAGCCAAACUUCAACAAAUGGCUGAAGGAAGAGCGACACCGCAUUCGGACACAAUUGGCCGAUGAGCCUAUGUUCGGACUGAAGUGCAAGCCAUGCAAUCGGCCCCGUCAGUAUGGAAGAGAAGAUAAACGGAGGUGGUCUGGCCGGUCGUGGAAUAGCGUUCAAUCGGCGAGGGAAGAUGGAAUGAAUGUGCCUGAGGGUCAGAAGGAUAGUUUGACGAAGAAUAGUCUGCUUGAAUCACCUGAGGUAUAUGUGGAAUCAGAAAGGCCUCAAUGUGGCAGAGAUGUGAAUAUUAUGCCGAAUUUCGACGAUUAUCUGUUUCACUUGCUUCGCCACGAAAAUGUCAAAGGAAAAAAAAUUGCCAAUCGCAUUCUUAAGAGACCUAAAUCUAAAAACUAUUUGAGCAGAGACAUUUUUGUCUCUGAGAAGGUAAAUACUGGAUUUUUAGAAGAUGCUCGAGUUUUUGCCCUUCUGAGCAUAGACAAUUUUGUUGAGUGGUUUAGAGACAUGAUCCAUAUUUCUAUUGCUUGGUGUAAGAAGCCAUCUGUGAGAAGCGCGCAAUUUUUUUCGCCCAAGAACAUUUUUAAGCAACUGUCUGCCGCGGUGUCUGAAUUCGUGAUUAGUCCCUUGGUCUCUUUCAAGCGCAUAAUACGCGGAGACUUUCUAGACGAUCGAUAUCAGGCGAGACUUAGGUCUGCUGUUAAGAAACUCAUAGAGGGUCAGGGAUAUGUUUACGAGAGUUACGACGCAGUCACCAGCGACGGGUACAUUCUCAAACUCGAGCGCCUCGCUAGGCGAGACAGUCGCCGGGUACUCUAUUUUCAGCACGGGCUGAUGGACAGCUCUUUGGCCUGGUUCGGACGACUCGAAGGGGAGACCGCGUCCGCUUUGGCGUUCAGAGCCUAUGACGAAGGGUAUGACAUAUUUGUUGGUAUUUUUCGCGGUUGUGAGGAGGCCAUAAACCACGUCAAUCCCAACAUAAAGUCAGAGGAUUACUGGGAUUUCUCGAUCAAUGAUCACGGAUCAAAAGACAUUCCUGCGUUCAUUGAAAAAAUUAUCGAAAUAAAGCAAUCUGAACUAGGCGACAAGGAAAGACCAGACGUACAAUCCUUUCGAAUUACUAUUAUUGCACAUAGUAUGGGCGCUAUGGCCACUUUAAUACAUCUUGUAUGGUCAGGAAUUAAAAAAGUUCCUCACCAUAUCUCGUCAGUUAUUUUGCUUUCGCCUGCUGGAUACCAUAAAUCCGUUCCCUUUACUGUGUACGCUGUGGGAAUUCUGAUCAACGCAUUCAGGUACCUGUUCCCGUCGGUUCACGUCAUAAGAAUACCUGGAAGACGAUUCAGAAUUCUGUGCGGCAAAAUUUUUCAAGAUGUCAAAAAUUCGUUUUCUGGGCGCAUUAUUUUGUCAUGGAUUGUGUCAAGGUUUUUGGGCGGUUCUAUCGAUGAUCACGCGAUCGUGAACUGCAGCUUGAACUACAACGUCUACUCGGGAACGUCUUUUGGCGUGAUCCGACAUUUUUUGCAGCUGUGCAAGAGCCAAAAGUUCCAGGGCUACGACUACGGAGCCCGCAAAAACGUGCAGGUCUAUAACUCGCCUAUUCCAAUCGACUUCAUGGAGAACUAUGACAAAAUAGACAUUCCCAUUUGUUUCAUUACAGGUCUGGACGACACGCUCAUACCGCCCGUUAACACCAUUAUGCACUAUACGAGGUAUAACGAAGUGCGUCCUGGGAAGGCGUUUUUCAAGGCAUUUUCACGUCUCGGACACGUGGAUUUCACGCUGAGAAUAGAGGAGGAUUUAAUAUCGUUUAUUUUAUCGACGUUGAGGAAGAUGAAUGUCGAGGCGAGCGAGGCGGAUGGCCAGGUCAGUGGAAAGGUUUGAAUAAAAAAAAAUGUUAAAAUAUUAAAAAAAA